UAGCCGUUAGCUUGUUGUGGUCACGGUGCUCGCGCUCUGCUCCGCCGCCGACUGGAGGCGGCUCUGCGUCGCCUGUCGGUGUUUAGUAACAUCCAGGUUCAUUGAGCUGCGUCACGGAGCCCCGCGGCUGCUCCGCUCCGAGCUGAAGCUCACCGUUACACCAACACGCGCUGUAACGGUGACGUUGUUUAAAUAGGUAAUUACUUUCGUAACUCUCGCGAGAACUCGUGUGUAACGUGAUGACGGAAGCGUUGUCAUAGUUACAUAGCGGACUUACUUGGGAGGAGGAGCCAACUCUCGGCGCGGGAAACUAUAAUUCAAAUCACCAGAACCCGCCAAGAAACGAGCAGACGCGUUCGAGCCCUGAAGGAGUCGGUAGUCGUUCCUCCUCUCGGUCGGUGAAGGUCUCCGGUGAGUCGGUCUGACCGGUGAACGCUCCGCCAACAUGCCCUGUGGAGAAGUGACAGACGCGCCGGUCCUCCGGUUCGCUAAACUCUCGGCCCACGCCACGCCGCCGACCCGGGGCUCCAGCCGGGCCGCGGGCUACGACCUCUACAGCGCCUACGACUACACCGUGGGGCCCAUGGGCAAGGCGCUGGUGAAGACCGACCUCCAGAUCGCGGUUCCACCGGGCUGCUACGGGCGCGUGGCUCCGAGGUCCGGCCUGGCAGUGAAGCACUUCAUCGAUGUGGGCGCUGGAGUCGUAGAUGAGGACUACAGAGGGAACGUGGGAGUCGUGCUCUUCAACUUCAGCAAGGACACCUUUGAAGUGAAGCGGGGCGACCGCGUGGCUCAGCUGGUGUGUGAGAGGAUCUGCUACCCGGAGCUGGUGGAGCAGCAGGCUCUGGAGGAGACGCCGCGCGGCGGCGCCGGCUUCGGGUCGACCGGCAGCAACUGAUCCCUCGGGAGGCGGCGUGGAGAACAUCACGGUUAAUAAAGUGCUUCUGGUUA